CCUGUGUGAGGCAGGGUCGUACUCUGUGAAUGUUGUAGAGCAUGAACCUACAGGAACGGGUCACCGCCUUCUUCAACAAAUUAUAUUGCCUCAAGUUAUACAUUCUCAUGCAGUAUUCAAGUAUGCACUAAUAUCAAAUGUAGUGGUGAGCUAUAUCUUCACAAACUGAUUUAUGACCAAAUCAACUAAACUAUCCCUCAAUGGUAACAUUAAAACUGGAAAAGCUCAUUGCAUUUAUUCUAUUUAAUUUAAGAGUUUCACCUACCCAGGUCAUUCUGUCUUUCCACUUACCUGAGUAUGUUGUUUUUAGGUGUAAGGAAACUCAACCAGACCAGAGCCUUUGUGCAACUAAGCUGGCUGCUUUGAGCUUCAUGAGGAAACUAAACACUUUGUUCCAGUGUACAGCCAUGUCAUAACCCCUCCCAUUGCACCUUGGUGUUUGUUUCCCUCUCUCCUCUUUUUUCUCAAUCCCCUCCUCUCUACUUCCUCCUCCUCCUCCUUCUCCCACAUAACUCACUCAAUUAAAGAAAACAAGCGUUGUUAACCUAAUUUUCUGUAUGUUUGUCAGUCUGUAUUUUAAAGUUUCAUCUGUGAAUGUCUUAGGCCUUAUAGCCUAAUUGAAUUGUAUGUUUACAUAUAAAACCAAUGUAUGUAUUUGAUUGACUAUUACAGAUGUAGGAUCUUAAUUUGAUCCAGUUUGCUACAGCAGGAAAAUAAUGUUGCAGCAACAGGAAAUAUAAAUUGUUAUGUGGAUUGUAAUUAAUGGAYAUUUUUUUAGGGGUUGAUACAUUUUUCGUACGGGAAAAUCAAGUCUGACAUUUUUCAGUGGAAAUUACAAACUUCAGAAGCCUUUUUAAACCUCAAAUAUACUACACGUUUUAAAUGUCCYGUAUUGCAGGAAAUUUGUCCUGCAACAGGGUGAUCAAAUUAAAAUCCUACAUCUAUAUGGCUUUGGUUUAAAGAUAAUGUUUAUAUUAUAUUGUGCCUUUUUAUUUGACAGUAUACUGCAGUUCAGUGUGGCUUCACACAGUCAAUGUUAUCCUUUGUAUAAUAAACACAAUCCAGGCAUUACACUGAUCUGAUUUCUAAUAUUGUGGUCUUAAUUAGGCUGCCUAUGUGAUGUCUAGUCCUUUUCCCCUCAUUACUUCGGAUCAUAGACUGUUUAACUGUAGGYUCUUCAAUUACCAUAGACGUGCACUAAAUCUGUCAGAACAAUUCAUAUCACAACUGAAUAUCUUCUUCUCACACCAUUCAUACUGAGAUGUCAUGUUUUUAUUUAUUUUUCAAAUUCACCCUAGCGGCGACCUCAACCGAUUGAUAUUCCUGACAUGCGCAUUACAAACUGCAAUCUGACCACAUAAUCGGGAGAGAACGACAGUGUAGGCAGGACCGCAAUGGGAAAGCGGGUGAUUUUAUCAAAUUGAUCAAAAAUCGCUGACAAGAUGUCCGACGCGAGUAGAAAACCCCAAUCGCUACGCAUCUGUACUUAUUGAAGUGGAUACGAUACACACAGAACCUGCAGAACAACCAAAAGUAAAUACUUUUUCCAAGGGGAGGAAGUUUGUUGUGUCGAAGGAAAUAUAAUAGCCCGGUAAAGCAGGGACAGACUGCGGAAAACUGCCAGAGCGGGGGACAGUCAGAAUACAAACCCACCCACCCAGUCAGCCAUGGAAGAGUUUGGGUCAGCGUUGGAGAAGAAUGUGGCCGAUYUAACGGUUAUGGACGUGUAUGACAUAGCCGCGGUGGUGGGCCAGGAGUUUGAGCGGAUCAUUGAUCAGUAUGGAUGCGAGGCGCUGUCCAGGCUCAUGCCAAAAGUGGUGCGGGUACUGGAGAUCCUGGAGGUGAUGGUCAGUAGGAACAGCAUYAGCCCGGAGACAGAGGAGUUGAGGCUGGAACUGGACAAACUACGGCUGGACCGGAUGGACCGGCUGGAGAAAGAGAAGAAACAUAAGAAGGUCAUCAUUAGUUUAUACAUGAUAAGAUUAAUAAUAUGCCAAGUUCCAGGUAUGUCGGAGCGGGAGCGUCAGGUGAUGAAGAAGCUGAAGGAGGUGGUGGACAAGCAGAGAGACGAGAUCCGAGCCAAAGACCGCGAGCUCACGCUCAGGAACGAGGACGUUGAGGCACUCCAGCAGCAGCAGUCUCGUCUGAUGAAGAUCAACCAUGACCUGCGCCACAAGAUCUCCGUGGUGGAAGCUCAGGGGAAAGCCCUCAUCGAGCAGAAGGUGGAACUGGAGGCGGGAGCUCAGGCACGAGUACAGGAAAUGGGAGCACUUUCGCACAGGAAAGUGACACGUUUAAGGAGCGCCUGCAAAGGAGACACGCCUUCAGGGUCUAGAGGAGGCCUCCUCCCCAGCCCCCUCCCGCCGCAACAGGUAAUAACAACAUCUCCCCAGCCCCCUCCUCACACAGGUAAUAACAACAUCUCCCACCCCCUCACACAGGUAAUACACAACAUCUCCCCAGCCCCCUCCCUCACACAGGUAAUAACAAACAUCUCCCAGCCCCUCCCUCACACAGUAAUAACAACAUCUCCCCAGCCCCCCUCCUCCACAGGUAAUAACAACAUCUCCCAGCCCCCUCCCUCACACAGGUACAAUACAAAAAAUGUCUCCCCCUCACAGCCUGGUAGCCCCUGCUCCUCAGAGGUGGGGGCUCAGGGUGUGGGCUGGCCAGAACCAGACAGACACUACCACCCUGAGCUGAUGUUGGGGGGGUACGAUCCGGCCCCGCGCCUCCCGUCCCUGGAUGACGAUGAUGAGGAUGUAGAGGAAGAGGCAGUGUUGCUAUGGGAGGCGAUGUGUGAUGAGGACACACCUGCUCUGUUCCAACACUUUACCAAGGAGGCGCUAUGUGAUGAGGAGGGGGGAGGCCUGGACCAGAAGGAUCCCAACAGGCCCCGGUUCACACUGCAGGAGCUGAGAGACGUUCUGCACGAGAGAAACGAGCUCAAGUCCAAAGUGUUCAUGCUGCAGGAGGAGAUCGCCUACUACAAAAGUGAAGAGGCGGAGGACGAGACCGGCACCCCUACUCCUUCCCCUUCCCCCGAACAACUGAGGGCACGGCCCCGGCCCAACGCACAGCCCGAGUCAGGAAUCAAACGCCUGUUUAGCUUCUUCUCUCGCGACAAGAGGCGGAACUCCCAGCGGAAUGCACAGUUUGAAGACAGCUUCAGCUCGUGGGCGGGAAAGGAUGAGGUGUACACCGAACAGGCCCAGGAGGCUUUGCAGCACAUAUAGGGCACGUUCCUCUGACCAGGCGUUGUUGACGCCUGCCAGAUCUUACAACGCAUGGAUAGGUAUUUUAAGUAUCAGCUACYACAUCACAUGUUAUAGCAAUCUGUCAGGCGAUGAAAUAGUCAAUGACGKGGCACGCAACCAUUGGUUGAUGCGUGCAAYGUCUUACCAGGAGAACGUGACGUAGUGAUUGGACAGCGCUUUAUGAUGAGGUCACUCAGAACCAUCUCACUGUAAUGCCCCGCCCAUGCCCACCAUGUGAGCUGCAGCAGCACUUAAGGGACAGUUCGAAAUUUACUGCGGUGGGGAGUUGGUCCAAAAUAGGGGAGGGUUGUCAAACAUAUUUUUUUGCUUUGGGGAGGGUUGUGUAAUUUUUUUAUUGGGCACAGGGGAGGGUGGUGUAUUUUUUCCCUGGUUUACAUUCCCCAUUUUGCAGGAUUGACUAUAUAAUGUCUUCCAUAUAGUCACAUUUCCUCAUCCGCUUGCUUGUGCCUCCCCUAUCAAGGUGUUUUGGUACUUCCCUUAUGCACUACGCUUUUCUGCAUGAUUACUAUACAGUCAACUCUAUCCUGCCCUCUAUACACAGUGACAAUAGUGGUAGGUGGAUCUGCAAUAAGUUAACUAGCAAUCAUACCACACAUAAAAUCAUUCAAAUCUGCACCGAUUUUCAAUAUAAAUUCACAAGAACAAAAACGAAUAGCUGAUAGGCAGUAGAGAGGCCAGGGGCAUCAUUGCGCAGGAAAGAACAGUCAAGACAUGAUAUAUGCAGCUCAAAAAGCUUCUCCUAUUCAUCUUGUUUAGGCCAAACACAUUUUAUCUACUAUAUAACUGAUUCCCCUCUUCACAGUUCUAAAAAUAGUAAAACGUUUAAUAAAAUAGUGACGAAUUUAAUUCAAAUGAGUCGAUUCUUUUAAAUGAUUCUUUUUUACCAACUGAACGAUGUGCUUCGCCAGGUCGCAGUUGUAAAUGAGAACUUGUUCUCAACUGGCCUACCUGGUUAAAUAAAGGKGAAAUAAAAAUUGUACAGUAGUAGUUGGGGUUAAAUUGUGGUGAAUCGAAUCAUGGGAAUCGAAAUAAUAAUUUGAGAAUCGCAAAUAAUAAAAACAAUUUAGCUGUAGCCGUCCUUUCGAAUUGUUGUCGACGCAAAACUCUUUGUUGAUACUUUAAGUUGAUUUGGACAUUCAAUUUAUGGGACGUUGCAACUCAAUAGAUGCUAGUAGUCAGCCUGAAWUACACACUUCUAAUGGGAAGAMUAUAACAUCCACGGUGCAUGCUGAAACAGUCAUUUACAAUGCUGAAACAGUCAUUUACAAUGCUGAAACAGUCAUUUACAAUGCUGAAACAGUCAUUUACAACAUUUUUAAAUGUUGACUGCAAAAGUAGGCCUACCUGGCAGAAUGAUAUAUCAUGAAGAUUGGUAUCAAUCGGGUGCACAUUUGUUUUGCAUACUCUGCCAUCACAUGUGCCGUACAGAAACCUGACAGAAACACCGCUAGCCUAACACAAAUGUACUGUGAGUAAAACUUAGCUGGGACAUGCUUUCAAUGGUGUUCUCCAACACCUGAAACCAAUAUUGUGGAUUAGGAGGGUACCCUGACUGGGACUCAAACCCUGGUCCCUGUGACUGUCAUUCCAAAACCAUUAUACUGUCACARUCCUCGCUGUAUGAGCCAUGAUACAAUUAAUACCAAGUGGGUUAACCCUAUUGGCACGAUGCAUAUGGUGUUUGCCUUUGACGCCAGUGACCGGGUUUCACUUCCUUGGUGUCAAAAUUGGGAAUACAAAGAGGCUAAAAUCUCUUGGUGAGGCCGCUAGGUCUUGCACAACGUUUUUUUUUGUAUUAAUAAAAGGGGUACAACUUUUA